AUGCUUUUUUCCUUUCUUUUAUUGACUGAUGUUGCCUGCGGGUCGUCAGCACCGAGAACUCGGCGAAACGAUCGGGAGGAUGAUUAUGAUGAAGAUGAGGAAAAUUCAUUUCCGGGCAAAAUCCAACUGGUCCCUAUAGUGCAGAGGGACACCAAAAAUCGGCCAGAGGUGGCACAAAAAGUUCGUGACAUUAUCAAACAAAUGCCGGCAAACGAAACGGAUCGAAUUGGAAAAAUGCUAAAUAGCUCCUACGAAAAAAUGCAGCGCGACGCGAACGAAGGUGAUUCGGCGAUUCGGCAAAAAAUCCACCAGAACCCGAUCACAAAUGAAUCAAGGCUUGAAUCACCAAUGCUUUCAAUUGUAGCUUCUAUUGUCGCUUCUGCUCUCGUCUUCCUAUCGAUUUUGUAA